CACUGUAAGGGAAGGUGCACCCUUUUAAAUUAAACUCCAGGUCAUGGAACUCUUUUCUUCCCUGACCCCAGUCUUUAUAGCAAUUAUAUGUGUUUUAAUUGGGAUAAUCCUGAAAAGCAACAGGAAAAACAGCAAGAAAGGGAAGAGCGAGACUAAAAAUAAGUCUGAAUCUCGCCCAUGGGUGGAUGACGACCUCAGAGACAGCACUGAUCUUCAUGAAGAGGAAGAAGAUGCUGAUGGCGACUGGCAGGGAUUAGAUGAAAACAUUGCACAUGUCUCCUUCUCUGCUGAGCGUUACUCCAAGGGUGAAAUGAUUAAAAGGUCAAAGGAAUUUUAUGAGCUUCUCAAUAAGAGACGGUCUGUCAGAUUUAUAAGCGAUGAGCCAGUCCCCAGGGAGGUCAUUAAUAAUGUCAUCAAAGCAGCAGGAACUUCUCCAAGUGGAGCACACACUGAGCCUUGGACCUUUGUGGUAGUGCAGGAUCCUGAAGUAAAACAUAGGAUUCGAGAGAUCAUUGAAGAGGAGGAGGAAAUAAACUACAAGAAAAGAAUGGGAGACCGAUGGGUUAAUGACCUGAAGAGACUGAGAACAAACUGGAUAAAAGAAUACCUGGAUACAGCUCCCUAUCUGAUCCUCAUUUUUAAGCAAGUGUACGGGAUGCUUCCAAAUGGCCAAAAGAAGACCCAUUACUACAAUGAGAUCAGUGUUUCUAUUGCCUGUGGUAUUCUCCUUGCUGCACUGCAGAACGUGGGUCUGGUCACAGUGACCUCUACACCUCUGAACUGUGGCCCUCGCCUCAGGGUGCUGCUCCAACGCCCAAAAAACGAGAAAUUACUCUUGCUGCUCCCUGUUGGGUACCCCAGCAAAGACGCCACUGUGCCUGAUUUGACACGAAAGCCACUGGAUGACAUUAUGGUGGUUAUGUGAGCAUGGAACAACCAAAGAAAGAAACUACUAAAAUGCUCACUGUAAAGCAACAGCCCACUAUCUGCUGCUUUUCUCUGUCUAUUAUACACAGCUUAUCUUUGUCCCCUUAAAUGUACCUGUGGGUCUGGCUGUUUAUACCCAUAUGCCUUCUUAGCACUAGUAAUUGCAGCGGCUGCCUCCAGUAAUAGCAGCAAGCAAUCAAGCUCUGUGAAUCUGACAGCUGCUACUAUUGAUGAGCCUGGUUGAUUGUUCCAGGGGAUAUGCACAAUAGCACUUCAAUUGCCUUUAUUGCUUCAGUUUCCUCUCCCCGUUAGGGAGCGACUCUUUCCCUGAAUUGGAAAGAACCUCCUCAUCCUGAUAUCUUUUGAUUGUCACUUGCACAGUUAUCUUCACUUCGGGGCUUUCAGCACAGCAAGGCAGCAGAGAGUAAGCCGUUUGUACAUUGCUUGAUGUACACCAGUCAAAGAUCCCCUGCCCACCAGCUGCAUUAUCCUUUGCAGAGGAAGAGGAUAUCGUCACUUCUGCUUGACUGAGCUACGUGGAGGCCUUGUCUAAGCUAGAUGUUUUCUCUAAACUUCCUUCCUUUGCUGCCACUGGUGCAAGUCCCCAUUAGGGGAAAUCAAGGGCAGACAUGGUACCCACGAUGUUCUAACUGGUGUCAUCUACAUGUGCUCUGGGCAGUUAGGUGGCAUGACAGUGAAAAUGCUGGUUUCCUAUCUAUGCUAGUGCUCCCAUCAUUGCUGUCCCUAGUGAAGCAAAUAGAGGGUAUGUCUACACUGCAAUUAAUAACCCAUGGCUGGCCCUCACCAGCUGACCUGGAUUCAGGCCAGGGGGCUGUUUAAUUGACGUUUAGAUAUUCAGGCUUGGGCUGGAGCCCAGGCUCCAGGACCCUGCAAGGUGGGAGGGUCCCAUAGAGGAAACCACAAUACUGACUUUGGAUCUGUCUGCACACACAGGUGCUCCAGCUUCACUGAAGUUGUCAUUUUAAACUGAUUUUGUUAAACGCAUGCAAAAGACUGUGUGUGUGGACAGUCUCAUUUUGGAACAUUUUACUAAGGCAAAGUUACAAUGAAAUGUCAACAUACUACAUCGUACAUCAUUUCUUCAGGAUCUGGUUUAUAUUCAAAGAACCUGGCUAAAAAUCUGGCUUCCUGGCUGGGUAGCCUGCCUCCUCUUACACUAAAAAGGGUGAGCAUAUUUCUAAACACCCAUCCUCUUUUUGGCAUUUCUCUUGUUUCUGUAUUGGCAUGAAAGCUUUUCAUUACAAGGACAGUCCAUAUUUUACUAUAUCACAGUUCCAUAGGAGGAGGAAGUCACAUUUUCCCAAUAAAAUGCAAUACAAAGUCUAACAGAUAACAGUAAAAAAAAAUGCACUUGUCAUUCUAUUUACAAUGCAGAUGCUUUACUGGAGCGUUAAGUAAGCAGGUCAGGGGACCUGUAGAAAGCCGGCAUGUUGUCUUAAGAUAAAGCUCUUUAAGAAUUUCCUUAUAAAACCAUCUAAUUCCUGCACAUAACCACCACAUGUGCAAGUAUGUUCCCCUUUCUCUAUAACCACUGCAACAGAGUACCUCCAUAGGAGCAAAAAUAUUGCUCUUAACUGGAGUCAAAUGCCAUCUAUGUGGUCAUUAAUAAACAAUUUCUAUGAGCUACUCUCUU